AAAACUUAGAACAUUUGUAACAUUUAGAACAGUAAGGAACAGUAGGAACAUUAUAGGAACAUGUAGCUGUUUAAUAGUUUCAAUGCUGACUUACUGAUGGUAUUAGUGUAGAAAAAAAACAGCAUCACUGAACAACAUUGAUAAUGGAGCAUCCAAACAAAAUUUUAAUGAUUAGAGUAAAAGGGGGUGAACAUGCAGUGAGGUAGGUUCAUGGGUAAGGACAGAGCAACAAGAGGAUACCAUUCAACAACCAUAAUUAUACAAGUGGAAACUGUCAAUAUGGAAUCAGGACAAACUGGAGCGAGAUUUCCAAAACCAAACGUCAUGAAUGUUGCUUCGUAUCGAUAUUAAUUUUAAUGGGUUCAUUGCAGGGAAAGAAGACUACUACUAUAUCCUGUCUCUGCGUACCUUGAUCUCAGCAUCCUUUCUCCUUGCUUGGCCAACAAUUUUGUUGAGUGUAGCUGCUAUCAUUACGGCUAAAAAGGUACACCAUUCAUACCCAAGAUUUAUUGCAUGCACGUGCAAAUUAUCAGGAAACCAGUAUUGUGAUGUACAUUGACCCAUAGCAAAAUAUCAUGCAGGCUCAAAAACUGGACAUUGAAGGUAAUAAAACGGCUAGAAUCUCAACAUUGCAUCCUACAUCACCUCUUCAGUGUAUUUCAUAGUGGUGUCAAUGGUACUCCCAGUAGUAAUUUACUUGGAAUCAUACAAUUAGCUACAAUAAGGACAUACGCCUGAGGCUAUAGAUACAAUGUAUACAUCCAGCUGAUUGGGAACACAUAUAGCUAUAGUUAGUGCACUAGAUGUAUUGAUGUGUACGUACGUUUGGAUGUUCAUACAAUAAAACAUCAGAUUGGAAUGUUUGUUUAAUGAGUGACAAACUGAAAUCAUAUUCAGAGUUCGUUUCAUAAUUUUCAUUCCAGAUGGCUCUUAAGAGAAUAAACUAAUUGACAAAAUAAGCAAAUAAACGAAAUUAUAUCAAAAUUAUAAAAGCUUAUUCAUAAUGCUACAAUAAUUUUCAGUUCCAACAAUAACAUGGACUCACACGUUACUUUACCUUGUCAUAUAUACAAUUAGCAGCAAUGAGAGAUAGAGUAUAUAAAGAGAGGCAUAUUCAGCCCAAACAAAACAAUCGAGCCUGCAAGUGUAGCGACUAAUCAAAAUCAGCAAAGAAGUAAUGGAGCGAGGUCAGACAACACGAGUUGGAGUAAGGAAGUCUUUCCCACCCCCGUCGUUCCGGUCCCUGUGUUUCACCACCAUCUGCGAGGGCUUCAGGAUAGGCAAAGAGGAUCACUACUACGCUCUCUCCAUCCGCAACACUAUUGUGGCAGCUGUACUGUUCGCAUGGCUUCCAAUGCUCAUCAGUGUGGUAGCCAUCUUUAUUGCAAAGAAGGCUCAAAAGUUGGACAUUGAAGGCAACACAGCUGAGGCCGAGGAAAAGGCUAACCUGGCCAAGAAGCUCAACAUUGCAGCCAACAUCACUACCACGAUCUACAGUAUUGUCGUAGCAAUUAUCAUCAUAGGAGUGGUGGCCUGGUAUACUACUACUUACUACAACUUUGUUUCAUAUUAUAAUUAAGAAAGAACACACUCAGUAGCUUGAACUUUUGAGAUAGGCCUAAACAUUGUUAUGACCAAUGUAUCUUUUAAGUAUAAUUUUAUAGCUCAUUGUAUAGAAUGGAACAUACAUAGAAGAAUCAGGAAACCCAUUUAUAGCAAUAUGAAUCUAUACUAUA